AUGCGUGUGCUCGCCCAGCCGCGCAGCGCCCCUCGAGCGCAAAGCCUGUGGCGGUCUUCACCUCGCGCGAGAGUCAACUCUCUCUGCGGCGGGGCGAAUGAGCCAGAAGCUGAGCAGAGCACGCCGCCUCAGCGGCCGCGAAGGCGAGCCGCGCCACCCGCUUGCCGCGACGGCCUUUCUCGCUCGCUGUCGACUCCCGCGAUGUCUGCUGCAUCUUCCCAAGCGUUCGCCUCGCCGUCGCAGUUUCCUUUCCAGUCUCGUUCCUUCUCUCCACUCUCUCGUUCUCUCUCGUUUCGGGCGUCUUCGCUUGUUGCGCGAGUGCGGUGCGCGUUUGCCUCCUCUGCGUCUUCGCCGUUGCCUUCACCGCCUGCAAACCCCGCGUCUUCGGAAGAGAGGUCUCCCUUUCCAGCAACUGCGUCGCCGCGGCUGCAGCGCAUUCAGCGGCUGCUGGUGGCCGGCGGCUUUGAGCCGUUCCGCUACAAGCAGAUUCUUGAGCACAUCUACCGUCCCACGGUGCGCCAAGCCAAGGGCGCUUCCCUCUCUAGUUCUCUUCCUUCUUCGUCCUCUUCUUCCUUUCAAUCUUCUUCGGGCUGCGAGAUUUCGGAGAUGAAGCGCCUUGGGAAGCCGCUGGUUACGGCACUGCGUGAGCUCUUUGGAGAGAUGUACGGCGGACGUGGCGGCAAGCGAACGUCUGGGGCCUUGCAGGUCUCUCGCUCUGACUGUCGCGAGAGAGACGGCGCGCCGGCGCGGGGAGAGGCUGUGACAUCUGCGGAGGGAGCGGACGAUGGCGUCGCGCAGGUGGCAAGGGCGCCUCGGGAAGCAGAGAGCUUCCUCAGCAUUGCAAAGCUUGAGGAAAAGUCCGAUAAAAAGGCGAGAAAAAUCCUCUUUCAGUGCCGGCAGGACGACGCCAGAGUCGAGGCCGUGGCGCUCGCGUUUCCUAACCACACGUCACUCUGCGUCUCAUCUCAGGCGGGAUGCGCCUUCAACUGCAGCUUUUGCUCUGUAGGAAAAUCGGGAUUUCUGCGGCACCUGACUGCGGACGAGAUCACCGACCAAGUCCUCUUUUUCCUCCGCGAGGGAAUCAAAAUCGAUUCCGUCUCCUUCAUGGGCAUGGGUGAGCCGCUGGCGAACCCGAAGGUGUUUGACGCUCUCCGCAUAUUAACCGACCCACUCUUGUUCAACUUCAGCGCGCGGAAACUUGCCGUCUCGACUCUCGGCGUGCUGUCUGGCAUUAAAAAACUGACGCUCGAGUUUCCGCAGGUGAAUUUGGCUUUUUCGCUGCACUCGCCCUUUCCGGAGGAGCGAAAUCUGUUGGUGCCUGCAAACAGCAUGUACCCGAUGGAGGAGGUCUUCGAGCUCCUCGACGAGCGCCUGGCGAAGACCGGGCGCCGCAUUUGGAUCUCCUACAUACUUAUUAAAGGGCGAAACAACUCUGAGGCUCACGCGCGGGCGCUGGCUGAGUUGCUCCGCGACCGCCGCAGAGAGACGCGUCACCUUUACCACGUCAACGUGAUUCCUUACAACAAAGGCAAGCCGUUCAAGCCCCGAAUGGAGUCUCCGUCGUCCGUCGAAGUGAAUUCGUUCACGGACAUCCUCCGCAAGCUGAAUUUGUCGGUUUCACGUCGGCACACGUUUGGCACGACGAUCGACGCCGCGUGCGGGCAGAUGCAUGCAGAGUACGAGAUCGGGCAGCUGACCCAGCAGCGGAAGGCGCAGGAGCGCGCGCGGAAGAAGGCGAUUCUCGCGAAGAGGCUCACAAACUAA